AUGAAGCUGUUAAUUGAUAAGCAAUUGGAGACCAGUGUAACUGGAGUAAGCUUCCAUCCGAGUUGGAAAUAUGUUUCGUUAGUCUGUGAUAAAAGAAGUAUUCAAAUUUACCAGCUAAAUAAUUUACAUCCAAGCAACUUUUUGAUCAAACUGUCGAAGCAUAGGAACCAAAUAGUUUCAAUAGACUGGUCCUUACUACCUGUAAAGUACUCGAAGGAUUCUUCUUAUAGUCAGCUAGUUUCAGCUGGAGAAGAUCGCCUUGUUAUUGUUUGGCUUCUCAAAGCAGAGGCUGAAAAAGAUGGUUUUCCUGAGAAAUUGAGAGUAGUUUUUUCUGCGGUAAACUGCAUCCAGUCAGACUGCUAUCCAAUAUUUUGUAGAUUUUCCCCAUUUCGAGAAUUCUGCAGUUUUGCAGUUUCCACAACUUCUGGAGAACUCUUUUUCUUUACUUCCAAUAGAAGUCCAAGCUUGGGAAGCGAGAAAAAUAUUUUGUCUGAAACUGGCCUGAAAGAUUUGUAUAUAUUUGAACAACUUAAAAUUAAACUCUCUGAGCUUCCUCUUUCCUGUCUAGCUUGGAGUAAUAACGGCAAAUUCAUUGCUUGUGGUGGACUUGAAAAUAAGGGUAUUAUUCUUGGAGUCUCGAUUGAAAGUUCUAAUCUUCCAGAUGAAAACCUCAAUGGAAACUUCUCGGAACUUCUUUCUCUUCAAAGUCUUUUAUCAUUCGAAAGUCAAAAUGCCAUUUUAGCUUGUGAUAUCAGCCCUGAGGGUAAUCAAAUCGUAUUCACCGACAAAGAUUCUUUUCUUUAUUUUACUCAAGUUGACAAAAAACUAGAAUUUCUCAACUCUUCUCUAAAGUGGAACGGACUGCCUCUAAUUAAUUUAAAAUUUGUGCAUGAAAAACUUUUAGCCGCCGUUGGUCAUGACUGCAUACCGGUUUUAUUCAUGCAAGAAAAGAGUUGCAUGUGGAUUCAUGCAACCCAAUUAAAUGGCGCCAUAUUGCCAAAUUAUCUGGACCCAGUAUGGCAAAUGAAUUUCGAUCCACUAAAACACUAUACUCAGAAUUCGGUGCAUAAAAGACCAAUAAUGAAGGUUUUUAUUCCAAACUCAUCAACCAUAAUUUGUUAUGGGUUUGACGGAAAGUAUUCCAUUUGGGAGUUGGAUUCUCUCGAAUAG